AUGCCCCUCUUCGUUCUCAGCCCCGCCUCUCUGGCACACUCGGCCCUCUUCGCCGGCUACUACUCCUACCUGUCGGCCAACGUCAUCGUCAACCGACUCAACACCAACGUCUUCCUUGGCUCGGGAGACUCGGAUGCGGUGCAGCACGGUCCCGGUGACAAGAAGGUCAACAGCCCGGCCGAGCUGGCCAAGCUUCAGCGUGCCGUCCGUGCCCACGGCAACUUCACCGAAUCCGCCCCCUUCACCUUCUUCCUCAUCUUCCUCGCUGAGCUCAACGGUGCUCCCACUUCGCUCGUUCACGCCGCCUACACCACCUUGUUUGCCGCUCGCGUAGCCCACGCCAACCUCGGUAUCCAGGCCGAAAGCUCGGCUGCUAUCGGUCGCCCAAUCGGCGCCGUCGUCACUCUCGCCGUCACCGUUGGUGCUGGUCUUUACAACCUUAACCUCGGUUGGGAGCCUCUCAAGUCCUUCCUUGGUUUCAAGUGA